AUGCCAGAAAAAUGUUUGAAGGCCGUCAUCGUUGACCUAGGAGGAGUAUUAAUAGAAGCACCGUCUGAAUCAUGGAAAGUUAUGGAAGCAAGUCAAACAAUCGAUGCAGAUUCACUCCUAUUCACUUUGAACAAGUCACCUAUAAGGGAAGAGUAUGAAUCACUAGAGCGAGGAGAGACCACCGCAGAAGAAUUUGACCCUCUUUUUACCCAUUUCUAUAAUAAACAGCACCAACGCAAGGAGAAAGUCAUACCAAUCAUCUCUUCCGUAAUUGAAGGAAUCCAUGACAAGACGAUAUUACCUGAAAUGGCUACUUUGCUGAAGGACCUGCGCAUAGUUGGGAUAAAAACAGCUUUACUAACGAAUAACUGCUAUGUUGAUCGAGCUCGACUUUCUCCAACUAUUCCGAAGAAUAUUGAAAAUCAUUUCGAUGUAGUUGUUGAAUCAUGCAGGGUUGGAAUGCGAAAGCCAGAGUACGCUAUAUACAGGCACGUGUGCAAUCAGCUGAAGGUAAAACCAAAGGAGUGCCUAUUGCUUGAUGAUCUGGCUACGAACAUUAAAGCCGCAAGAACCAUUGGCAUCACCACAAUUAAAACCACACCAUCUUUGAAAGACGAAACGGACUACAUUCGGCAAAAGUUGGCAGCCUUUUUUAAUAUUCCAUCAUACGCCAGAGAAUUACCAGUUAAAUCUGCUUAA